GCAUACAUAAAUCAUAGGCUGAUCUCACCCUACAUCUCAUAAUCUCAUGCGAUGCAUAUCAUUGUUUAUUCUUAAUAUCUGAUUCUAUAUUCUCUCUCGAUUGUAAGUUGUGAGUUGUGCCCCCUCCUUUCCUUCUCAGCCAGAAAAAAGAUCUUAAAAAACAGUAAAGAAUAAAUCUUGCUCAACCCAAGAAGCUCCACUGAAACUGAUUCCUGUAAGGCCAUGAAAUUUGGUAAGGAAUUUCGGAUUUAUUUAGAGGAUUCCUUACCAGAAUGGAGAGACAAAUUCUUGUGCUACAAACCCUUGAAAAAGCUUCUUAAACGUUUCCCCAACAACCCAAUUUCUGUUCUUCAUUUUAACACUCAAAUUCAACACCCAACCCAGGAUCUAAAUCAACAGAUUAAUGGGGAUUCUUCUGGAUGUGAGCCCAGUGGCAGUGGGAUUGGAAAUCAGAGUGGGCCCAGUGAGAGAUUCAUGUCAUUGGAUGAGUUUCAAGAUUGGUUUGUAAGGCUUCUUAAUAAUGAACUUGAUAAGUUGAAUGAUUUUUAUGUUGAGAAAGAAGAAGAUUUCAUCAUCCGAUUUCAGGAACUAAAAGAAAGAAUUGUAAGGGUAAGGGAGAACAGAACGGAAGGAGUUACAGCAUCUGAAACCGAAUUUAGCGAAGAGAUGAUGGAAAUCCGCAAAGAAUUCGUCACCAUACACGGGGAAAUGGUGCUUCUCAAAAACUAUAGUUCCCUCAACUUUGCAGGACUAGUUAAGAUACUGAAGAAGUACGACAAGAGAACCGGAGGAUUAUUGCGACUUCCUUUCACACAACUUGCAGCGCAUCAGCCCUUUUUUACGACAGAACCUCUUACAAGAUUAGUCCGGGAAUGUGAGGCUAAUCUCGAGCUUCUCUUCCCAUUGGAGGAGGAAGUCACGGAAUCUACAUCUGCUCAUAGGGAUCAAAAUCGAACCAAUAUUCCCCCGGAUGCAUCAUCAUUAGAGGACACGACCCAUGAUAUAUACCGGAGCACUCUAUCUGCUAUCAGAACCAUACAAGGGCUUCGGACAAGUUCAACGUAUAAUCCUCUAUCGCUUGCUGUUACGUUUAGAGACCAAGACGAUGAAGGUAAUGGUGCUGUGACGGCUGAGAACUCUCCGGCAAACUGUAACCAUGCACAGGUGCCCUUGGAAAAUGAAGACACCAUUGACCAAGACGGUCAUUCAUCCUAGUACUCCUCCAUGAUUGUAUGAAACUUGCAUCAUUUGCAGCUUCAUUUACGCGCUAACAACUUGUGCAGCGGAUGCUCAGGCAGUUGGAGCUCGUAUUGCAUUCAAUACAACACAAAAUUGGCGUUUGGGUAAAAACCAAAAUGUUAAUUUGCGUUUUUACGUUUACGCAACAUCAUAAACACUAGCCAGCAAACUGAUCCCGUUGGAGUAGUGGUUCUCAGGCCUCAGCACUCACCAGCAUAUCAAAGAUGUAGAAAUUUUUGUUUAUGUUUUUUUUUUUUUUAUUUUACAAAAUUAUCUAGUUUUAAACUAAUUAAUACCAUGUUAUUAACAUCUGAUUAACUGUUAGAAUUUGGUUUCAAUAGUAUAUUACUUAAUAAUUAAUAAAAGCACUAUAGUAAUAUUGUCGAAAAUUAUGAGUUGACUUAAUGAUAAAAGAUUUUUCUUUU